UCAAUGAAAAUAAAGUUUGCUGGGUAUUUCGCACCUCGCGAAUUUUAUUUAAUAUUUCCUUUUCAUCUCCACCUCCCACGUUCUCAUUCUCUCUAUUUUUCCAUUUCCACUCUGCCUCCCACACUUGCUUGAUUCACUGAUGAAAAACAAAAUAUUCACAGAACCUUUAACCCAACAAGAACCUCACAAGCUGCAUCAUUCCUUCCAAACCUUCCACAAGUUGCAAUCUCGUUUCAAGCCUUCUCACAAGAUACAAUUGUUUGUUCCUUUCUAGGGUUUCAACAUUUGGGUUCAGGUCUUUUCUCUCGGAUGGAUGCGAAAUAAGAUGGCUCGAGUUGGACGGAUACAAUAAAUUGACAUUGGCCUUGAAGUGUUUUGGCUUGGUAUGAAUCUGUAAAACUUGAAUUGAAUCAGUAGCUCUGAAUUACUCUUAUGCAUAGUUUCUGAAAUUGUUUACAAAUGUCAGCUCUUUUGACAUACAAUUAUCGUUCGUAUUUGCCGUUCAUAUAUAAUUCUUGUAGUGCUGAACUAGUUUAAUUUGUCGUUCGUAUUUGCCGUUCAUAUAUAAUUCUUGCAGUGCCGAAUUGUUAGUAGUAAUAGUUAGAAAAAAUAAUACAUACACAUUAAGUUUAAAAAAUCCAAGGACCAAAUUUGAAUGUGUCUUAAUUAAGGAAAUAAUAUACCAUCAGAAUUGUGUCUUAAUUUUAAGGAAUUAAAAUUUGAAUGUGUCUUGUAGAUCGAAAACAAAGUCACUCAACCUAUUGAAAUCGAAACUAUCCAAAUAUACCAUCAGAUUUGGUAAGCCUAUCAACAGCCUUGCCCAACACUUCAUUGCAAAUUCGCAUAGCUUGUCUUGUCAAGUUGUCUUUUACCAACUCAUUAAAAAGAGCUGAAUUGUUUAUGUUUUUCAUCAACUCUCCCCUCUCUUCAUCGAACAUACCUUUCAUCCGAUCUUUCAUGUUUCUUGCUUUGCCAAAUGCUCGUCUGAGUUUCGUGUUGCAUUUAUCUGGAUCUGAAAUGCAAAGCAUAUUAAUGUCUCUUUGUGUGGUAAAUAUUUUUCCAUUCUCUUCUGCAGAGCCGUUGCGCGUUAAACUUACCCCGACCGUGCCAAUCACUGCAACAAGAAGAAUGGAAGAGAUACCAAGAAUUGCAAAUCUUUUCUUUUGGUUCCGGCCACGGUUUUCGUUAUCACGGGUUCCUUCCAUAUUUAUUCCUAUAAAACUGUAGAAUUUUUUUUUCUUCUUUUUUUUCCUAGAAACGUUGUAAGAUUAGAUCUAUGUUCUCAACUUGUGAUUUUGAUUCUUUAAAAACACAUGCUUUAAGUUUAUUUUACAAGAAAACAUUCCCUUGUUAAACGGAUAACAUUAGUGGAAAUCUUGUACAAGUUUGAUGGAAGAAUCUCAGUACAGAUUACAGAUUGACCUCGCAGUCUUCAUGAAUCAUAUUUUAAACAAUAGAUAAGUUAAAUGUGUGUCUAAGCACUAAAUAGGAAAGUUAUAUUUUAUACCAGAACUUAUACUUCAAUAGUUGUGAAUACGCUAGCCAAUUGAAUAAUGUAGAGUAAUGCAUUUCAUUUCAUCUUAUUAAUUUACUAGAAGGCACUCUUGAUUAAAUGUAACUGGUUACCCCCAUAGAUCAAUGUGUUCAAACAUUACUCAAGAGUAGGAUUUUACUCCCAUUGUUCUAAUUAGCUUGCUCUUGAAGUUUAAAGGGUUUCAACAUUAUAUAUACACCACUUUCAGAUUUAAUACUUCAUGGUGUGAUUCUAGUCUCACAUGUUUAAACAUAGAAUUAUAUAAUUGAUAUUAUAGUCUAAUAUGAUUACUAUGUUUAAACAUAGAAUUAUAUAAUUGAUAUAAUUGGCCAAAAUUCCCGAAUUGGUUAAUUGAUUAAUAUGUUUUGUGAUUAUUAUAAUGGAUAUGAUAUUGUAAACGUGCAGUAUGGAAAAUUACAAAUUCUAUUGUAGUUGGAUGUACGAUCGUAUGUAUGCUGGGAGACGUGGACUUAAACCACUUUUUGAGGAAGGAGUUAAAUUGUUUAUUACAUGGGCAUUUGAUCAAGAAUGUUGUCGGGAAGAGGGAGGAGUGAGAUGUCCGUGUCUUAAAUAUGGAUGUAGACGUAUAAUAAGUGAUCCGAAAGAAGUAGAAAUUCAUUUGAAGGGAAAGGGAUUUAAGGAAAAUUAUUGGGUUUGGACAUCAAAUGGGGAAGAAAUACCGAUAAAUAUGCCAGAGACUAGUAAUUUCCAACAUGGCUCAUGUAGUCAAUCACAGAUGGAAUAUGAAGAACAAUUUAAUCUACACGAUGACAUGAUUGGCGAUGCUUUAGGGGUUAACGUGGCCUACGAUGAACAACAAGAUAGUGGUGAUGAGGAAGAGUUGUCGAAUGAGAAAUCUCAAAAAUUUUACGAGUUGUUGAAAGAAAUAAACACGCCAUUGUUUGAGGGUUCUUCAGACUCUAAAUUGUCUAUGUGUGUGAGAUUGUUGGCUGCAAAAUCAAACUGGAAUGUUCCUGAUCAGUGUCUGGAAUUCUUUUGUCAAAUGAUGUUGGAUGCAACUCCUACGAAAGACAAUUUGCCUAGAAGUUAUUAUGACGCGAAGAGGUUGGUUAUGAAGUUGGGAUUAGAAGUAACGAAGAUUGAUUGUUGCAUUAGAGGUUGCACGUUGUUCUAUGACAAUGAGUUUGGUACAAACGAUGGAGCGUUAGAGGAAUGUAAGUUUUGUAACAGUCCAAGGUAUGUAGUUCGCACUAAAGCCAUUGAUCAUAAGAAAAAACGCAUAGUAGUGAAAUCAAUGUUUUAUCUACCGAUAAUACCAAGGUUGCAGAGAUUGUUUGCUUCAAUGCACAGUGCAAGUCAAAUGACCUGGCAUCAUACAAACAAAACAAGUAAAGGCACUAUGCGACAUCCAUCUGAUGGUGAGGCAUGGAAGCACUUUGAUCGGAUGCAUCCUGAUUUUUCCGCAGAACCUAGAAAUGUAAGACUUGGAUUGUGCCCAGAUGGUUUUACUCCAUAUGUCCAACAGUCGGGAACUGGAUAUUCUUGUUGACCGGUUAUUGUUACUCCUUACAACCUUCCCCCUGAGAUGUGCAUGACAAAGCCUUACAUGUUUUUGACUUGCCUCAUUCCAGGGAUGUCGAGUCCAAAAGCAGAAAUUGACGUGUAUUUACAACCUUUAGUUGAUGACUUAAAGAGGUUGUGGAUUGGAGAAUGUACUUAUGACAUAUCUCGUAAACAAAACUUCAACAUGCGAGCUGUUUUGAUGUGGACUAUUAAUGAUUUUCCUGCAUAUGCCAUGUUGUCUGGUUGGGGUACACAUGGUAAAAUGGGAUGUCCUCAUUGCAUGGAUAAGACGAAGGCGUUUACAUUGGAUAAAGGAGGAAAAAGUUUGUGGUUUGACUGUCAUCGUAGAUUCCUACCAAAAAACCACAUACUUAGAAAAAACAUGAAUGAUUUUAGAAAAGGUAUAAAAGUAACAGAUUUGCCUCCCCCCCGUUUUUCAUCAGUUGAAUUAUGGAACAUGGUACGUGAUCUACCAAAAUUCACAGACAAUGGAAAAGCGAUCCGAAUUCCAGGAUACGGGGACAAACACAAUUGGACUAAAAGAAGUAUUUUUUGGGACCUCCCAUAUUGGAAAGAUAAUUUAUUGCGACAUAAUCUUGAUGUUAUGCACAUAGAGAAGAAUUUUUUUGAUAAUGUAUUUAAUACAGUGAUGGAUGUCCAAGGCAAGACAAAAGAUAAUGAGAAUGCUAGAAAAGACAUGGAACUGUAUUGUAAUCGAAAAGAUUUAGAGUUGAAGACUCUACCAAAUGGGAAGCUAUUAGAACCCAAAGCUACUAUAGUCUAACUCCACAAGAAGCCAAGCUUGUUUGCCGAUGGUUAACUGAAUUGAGAAUGCCCGAUGGUUAUGCCUCUAACUUGGCAAGAUGUGCUAACGCCAGCACUGGCAAGGUGACUGGAAUGAAAAGUCAUGAUUGCCAUGUUUUCAUGGAGCGACUUCUUCCAAUUGCCUUCAACUCAUUGCCAACACAAGUGCUCAAUCCACUAACUGAAAUUAGUCAGUUUUUUAGAGAUAUUUGUGCAUCAAUUUUAAGAGUUGAUCACCUAAUUAAGUUGGACCAAGACAUUCCUCUCAUUCUAUGCAAGUUGGAACAAAUUUUUCCACCUGGUUUUUUCGAUUCAAUGGAACAUCUUCCUGUGCAUCUUGCAUAUGAAGCUUUUCUGGGUGGACCUGUUCAAUAUAGGUGGAUGUAUCCUUUUGAAAGAUUCAUGGGUGAUUCAAAGAGAUCUGUGAAAAAUAAGGCUAAACUGGAGGGUUCGAUAUGUGCGCAUUAUUUGCGUCGGGAAACAUCUCAUUUUUGCUCUCAUUAUUUCAAUCACAUGAUGUUAAUUCCAAGAAUCAAAAGGAAUGAAGUUAAUGUUACAGAAAGAAGUCAAUUCACCUUAUCCAUCUUCGGACUUCCUGGUCGUAGUUCUGGAAAGACGAAUGUGCACUGCCUGACCGAAAAGGAAUUGCAAUCUGCUCAUGUUCAUGUAUUGAUUAAUUGCGUUGAAUUUAAACCAUACAUUGAGUAAGUAUACCAAGUGAAUAUUAAUUUUGAACACAUUGGGUUUAAACUUAUUACCUUCUAACUUACUUUUAAUGUGU